AUGCUUCAACUUGUGCCCUACGGCAAAAGUGUUGUAACACCACCAAUAAUAUGUGCAUCACAAACAAAAUGCGUUCCCCUUGUCUCGACCAACAGUGAAAGCGAUCGAAUGUUGUGGAUGGGUGACUUAAGGUCGUACAUGAGCGAGGAAUUUAUUCGUGACGCUUUCGUUAAAAUGGGUGUACAGCUUGUGAACGUUCGUGUGAUCACGGACAAGAAUACGCAUCACGAAAAGGCUCGGCAAUGCAUGUUGCGACUGUGUGGGCGAGUGAUUCCGCACUCCGAUCCACCGGUGAGGUUCAAUCUUAGCUUCGCCAACAAUCCGGCUGCCGGCGUUAAGGAAUUCAAUCUCUUCGUGAACAAUUUGCCUUCGGCCAUGGAUGACGCCGAGUUGUACCAGCUGUUCGGUAGAAAGUAUUUAUCGUGCAGAGGCGCCAAAGUCUAUCGUAGCUAUGACGGUAGCAGUCGCCGGAUGGGCUUUAUUCGCUUCUCGGACGAAACCGAUCAGCAGCGAGCCCUUGUGGAGAUGAACCGUGUGCGAAUACACGGACGGCCGAUUUCGUUGAAGCUGGCUCCCCCGCGCACCUCGACACCUCGCAGUGCCACAAAGGCUGCAGUGGUGUCGGCCUCCUGUUCGUCCUACUAUCCCAACUACUGCCAGUACGGAGCAGCGCAGCCAGUUGUUCCCAACUACCCGUACAACUGUCCGGUCAUUGCGGUGGCUCCCAAUUUGCCCGUCUACGUUCCUACGCCGAAAUUCCUCACCACCCCUGGCACGACGUCGGUCGACGAUUAUCAGCUAGAAGACUACGAUGAUCAUUUGUCGUUGGCCGAAGCGAACGAGCAGUUCAUGGAAAGCAGUUAUGAAUUUUACGAGUCUAUCGGAAGUCCUGGAGUCUUUCCGGAGUUGCAUACUGCACUUGUGAAUUGUGACGAUUUGAUUUGGUAUUUUUCUAAUGACAAUGAACGACGUGCAAAAACAUCAACAUAA